AGCUAUCGUAUAUUGAUAAAUAUAAAUAGGUAUGUGGUUGGACUACUCCAACUCAACACGACUUGUGGACCUCAGUAGCAAUCACACCACUGAACAGGACAUACAUCUUCAUUUACCAGUUUAAAAUACAACAAUGGGUCUCGACAUUAAAUCAGUGUUGAUUGUUGACGGAGUUGGCGCUAAUUGCGCGGAGAUUCUCAAGUCCCACGGCAUCGAAGUAGCAUCAAAAGCUAAAAUAACCAAAGAGGAACUCUUGAACGAAAUCCCUAAAUAUAAUGCGCUGGUUGUAAGAUCAGCCUCUCAAGUGACAAAGGAAGUAUUAGACGCAGGAUCUAAACUGCUGGUAGUUGGACGAGCUGGUGCAGGAGUAGACAAUAUUGACGUAAAUGCCGCUGGUCAGAAACAAAUCGGUGUUAUUAAUGCUCCAGGCGCGAAUGCAAUGAGUGCUUGCGAGCUUACCUGUGGGCUGAUAUUGAACCUGGCCAGGCACGUGGUCCCAGCAGCCUCAGCCUUGAAGGCCGGCCGUUGGGAACGCGCCCUGUACACAGGCACAGAAGUUAAUGGAAAGGUGCUGGCUGUCCUUGGACUGGGAAGAGUUGGCCGCGAAGUCGCUAUCCGUAUGCGCGCUUUUGGAAUGAAGGUUGUCGGCUUCGAUCCCUUCGUAUCUGCAGAGCAAUGCAAGCAGUUUGAUGUAACAAAAAUGGAGCUAGAUGAGAUCUGGCCUUUGGCUGAUUACAUCACACUACACACGCCCCUCAUUGAGUCCACACGCAAUUUCAUUAACGCAGAUGUGUUGAAACGCUGCAAAAAAGGAGUCAAAAUCAUAAAUGUUGGUCGAGGCGGUCUCAUCAAGGAGAAAGAUUUCCUCGACGCCCUUAAUGCUGGACAGGUUGGUGGCGCUGCUCUCGACGUGUUCGAACAAGAGCCUCCUACAGAUCCCCUUACUUUAGAGAUCAUCCAGCACCCAGCUGUUAUUGCGACACCACAUUUAGGAGCGUCUACAAAAGAGGCCCAAGUUCGAGUGGGACAAGAAAUAGCAGAACAGCUGGUAAAUUUAGUGAAACCUGGUACAUACAACACACCACUCGCUGAGGUGACCCGUGUCUUACCGAAGUGAAGAGCUACGACAUAAUAUAAUUUCCAAGAUAUAAACAUAUCUUUAUUUAUAUUACUUUACGUAUAAUUUACUACAAAGUAUUUUAAUAUUUUUGUAUCGACUGUGAGAUUGUAAUUUCUCAUUAAGUUCUACAUAAAUGUAUUGUCUUAUA